CUUCUCCCAAAAGGGUACUCUGAACCGACACCUGCGCAUCCACACAGGUGAGAGGCCAUUUCAGUGCCUUGCAUGCCCUCUGAGCUUCUCACAAAAGAGUGCUCUGAACCAACAUCUGCGCACUCACACAGGGGAGAUGCCAUUUCAAUGCCACUUGUGCCCUCAGAGCUUCUCGCACAAGUUCACAUUGCAGAAUCAUGUGCGUACCCACACUGGCGAGAGGCCAUUUAAGUGCCCUUCAUGCCCUCAAAGGUUCUCACAAAAGAGUGCUCUGAACAAACAUGUGCGCACCCACACCGGCGAGAGGCCAUUUCAGUGCCCUUCGUGCCCUCAAAGCUUCUCACAAAAGAGUGCUCUGAACCAACAUCUACGCACCCACACAGGCGAGAGACCAUUUCAGUGCCUUUCGUGUCCUCAAAGAUUCUCACAAAAGAGUACUCUGAACCAACAUAUGCGCACCCACACAGGCGGGAUGCCAUUUCAAUGUCCUUUAUGCCCUCAGAGCUUCUCGCACAAGUUCACAUUGCAGAAUCAUGUGCGUACCCACACUGGCGAGAGGCCAUUUAAGUGCCCUUCAUGCCCUCAAAGGUUCUCACAAAAGAGUGCUCUGAACAAACAUGUGCGCACCCACACCGGCGAGAGGCCAUUUCAGUGCCCUUCGUGCCCUCAAAGCUUCUCACAAAAGAGUGGUCUGAACCAACAUCUACGCACCCACACAGGCGAGAGACCAUUUCAGUGCUUUUCAUGUCCUCAAAGCUUCUCACAAAAGAGUGCUCUGAACCAACAUCUACGCACCCACACAGGCGAGAGACCAUUUCAGUGCCUUUCGUGUCCUCAAAGAUUCUCACAAAAGAGUACUCUGAACCGACAUAUGCGCACCCACACAGGCGGGAUGCCAUUUCAAUGUCCUUUAUGCCCUCAGAGCUUCUCACGAAAGUGCGCAUUGAAGGUUCACCUGCGCUUCCACUAAUGUGAGAGGCUGUUUCAGUGCCGUUCACAUCCUCAGAAUUUGUCGUGAAAGUCUGUGCUGAAGUGACACCCAUGCAUCCACAGAGGCGAGAGGCUAUUUCAGUGCCCUGCAUGACCUCAGCGAUGCUUCCAAAUGUCCUGACUGAAGGGUCACUUGCGCAUCCACUCAGCGAGAGGCCGUUUAAAUGCUCUUAACAUCUUCGGAGGUUCUUACGGAAGUUCAAACUGAAUUGACACAUGCACAAUCCACUUAAGCAGGAGGCUGUUUCAAUUUCACUUAUACCCUUGGACCUUUGCACAUAAAAGCCACUUCAAUAGGCGCAUUGCUACCACAAGUGCUUGUGACCACAUGAACGGCACAUUGAACUUUUUGACUGGUCACACAAUAAGAUGUGAAUUUUAUCUAUGAGUAGAGUUGAAGCACAAAAUUAACUCAGCGAAUAGGAAAAUGAGACAAAGACAAGUGCUAACUUGCAACUAUUAGGAGAAAUAACACGUACAUAUACACUGGGCUUGAGUGAAAAAAACUAAAAACAUAAAAAGCAAGAAGAAACGAGAAGUGUGCACAACUUAACACUGAUGCGCAGCAUGUGCACUGGGGAAAGUAAUUUCUUUUGGCAAAAAAUGCACCGACGAAACACUUGCACAUAAACCCUGCUUACUUUCAAUUUUUUCCUGCUUCAACGAUUUCUUGUGUGUGCUGGCUCUGGGACGUGUACAUUACCAAGCUUUUUUUGAAGUCGGAUUUGCACUUGCAUGCGAUGGCAGUGGCCUGCCAUGUGGCCAUUAGAUGCUGUUUUUUUUUUGAUAAUGUUAGCAUGUUGGCGCGAGCUCACGCUGAGGCACCGCUUUGUCUGACCUAUGUAUGACUUCUGACAUGAGAAGACUACAGUAAACAACACCGGUUGCACAUGGCAUAUACUGCUGUCUGUGCUCGAAAACACGACUUUUAAAAAAGCUCAGUAAUGUACAGGUUCCCAAGCAUCGUUGAAGGAGUAAAAUCAAAAUGCACAGGGUUCUUUUUUUCGUGCAUGCAUAGUGUAUGUAUAUAUAAUAUGUUAUUUCUCUUAAUAAUAUAGGUUUAAGUUAGCAUUUGCCUAUGUCUGGUUCCCGUUCUCUGUGUCAAUUUCACACUUCAACUCUACCUGCUCUCAAUCAUUGCUGAACAUUUUCUGUUAGAGUUAUGUUUGUUGCCUUAGUUCCAUGCAUGUAUGAGUCAUUGGAGGUCUUUUCACUUUUCAUUAUUAUGAUGUUUAAGCGCUUUUCAUUGUCUUGCAUAAAAGCACUUUGCUGCAGUCAAGCGUUUCACUGCUCAUUACGAAAUCAGUUGUGUAAGUUCGUUUCAGUGCACUAAAUAAAAUUGUGAAUGGGUAUUGGUAAUUGUUGAUAUUUCAGUGCUUGGUACUAAUAGCACGCAGUGUUUCAGUUAGCAUUUUAUUGUGCUGAAUGCUUCAAGAGAAUUUUAGUGAGGACGCAAGUUCACUCAUUAUUAACAUUUAGUGCAGUUAUGAUGUUUUUCUCAGCAGUUGAAAUUAUUAUGAAAGUACGGUUAUUCAUGUGCUUUUUUGAUUCCUAUUAUUCUUCAACUAUGGUUUAGCGAUACUGAAUGCACUGAAAUGAAAGUUUUGCUGGUAAGGAUCCGUGCAUACCUUU